AUGAUUCCGAUUACCAGUCUCUGUAACAUAGCAACUCGCCAAACCAGAGCUUUUCCCAACCCGCCUUUGGCACCGAGCCACGGCCUCUCGGAACCACCACCACCACUACCACCCGUUCUGAAGCAUCUCUUUGAUUAUUGCGGAGUUGGGUUAGACUCAGUUGCUGAUGAUAUCAAGGUCGUUCUGAUUCGGAACUAUGGCACUUGUGAGGAUGACACCUUGGUUUUUAUCUCCGGUUUUCGUUUACACAUUGCGGAGCAACGACUGGAGGGAGUUAGGAGUAAGCUACCGGCCGUCACGGGUGCCAUUUUGUCCCCAUGGUUUUAUCAUCAUAUUAACCUUAACGGGUUCAUCUACUGGCUAUUUUUCGACGAUUACGGUGACGAGAACACUACUGAUGAUUAUGUGAUGGCAUUUGAUACCGGGAGUGAUGUUUUCCACAAGAUAAAUUGCCCCGUUGUUAUCCGUCCAUCUCUAUCUGCUCACCUCGGCAUCUACCGUGACGACGCAAUUGCUUUGAUUGAGCAGUGGCGUUGGAUCAAACAUUUGGGAUUCUGUUCUUCUGCUGUGUAUUUACUUGCGCUGCAAGCUUUGUUCAUCCUGCGGUAUUCAUCUAUUCUUUCGGUUUGUCCAUACUAUGGCUCUUAA